CAGAAUUCCUCCCCCCCCCGACAAAAGAUAGGAAAAGAUGGACUUUUCGUCGUCCUUGAAAGCCGCAAGCUGCCUGGUAAAGCGGCUUCGACAAGAAACCACGGGUUCAGAGCUGUCGACCCUGCUGCCCGUCGCUCAACUGUUAUCAUCCAAACUUAUAGCGAAACCAAAUUUUGUUUUGACGGACGUCGACGAACCUCUGCGGAUCUUAAUGACUUUGGGACAGGAGGCACGGUGGGAAUGCUUGUGCGUGGCAUUACUGGUCUUCAACGACGCCAUAGCACACACGGCUCCUGCCCCUGCCGUCUCGCCAGUGCUCCGCAAUGCAGUUGAGACGGUGAUCGCACUUCAUUUGGAGCAUGAUGAGCCCAGGGUGAGGCGCCUGGUCGCCAAGACGCUCGGUUUGCUCUGCACCCUCCCAUCCGUGGGGACGGACGCCUAUACGCGCUUUGCUGGGCAAUUGUGGGCCAGUGUGGAUGCGAAUAUCACGCGGCGUAUUACCGAGACGCGGCGGGCAAAGCUGGGUGUAACAAAAAACAUUGUUAUGGACGAUGUAAGCGGCUGGCGUUCACUGGAAACCUCUCUUAUGGCUUUGCGUGAGGUGGUUGAAGCUUGUGGGCCUGAACUGAUUCGGCGUAGUUUGCUCACUCCGGAAUGGCUCAACAAGACGGUUUUUACAGCAGCUGAGCACUCAAAUCGUUAUGUCAGAGAGGCGGCUAUGGACAUGGCUCGGGUGGUGGUCGAUCGUUGUGUAUGUAUCAGCGACAGCGCUUCUUGUGGGAAAGUCAUAGAUUUUAAUAGGCUGGCUGCUGUCGUAGCAGGUGGCUUGGCAGAUGCCUGGCCGCAAGUAGUGUAUGCGGCUGUCAUUGCGACUCGUAGUCUUCUGUUAACGGCUACAAACCAUGUUGGUGUGGAUGCCGAAGAUCUUUUCGCCGAGCUCCUUCCUCCACUUUGUCAGUGCCGCUACUAUACACCUGAGGGUGUUCAGGUACAAGCUCAGGAGACCUGGACUCAAUUGUUUGCAGCCGCAAACAAAGGGAAGGAUGACGCAGGCAGCGCUGGAAGCGGGCGGGAGGCUGUCGCGCGAUAUGUGAAGGAAAUGGUUGAUUGCCAUUGUCGGGCACUUCAGCAUGGACGCAGCCAUUUCACACAGGUCGCCGCGUGUUAUGCCCUGAAGGAGCUAAUGGAAAAGAUCGAUGAAAAGGUAACUUCACCUUUCGCCAAUCAAAUAUUGCGGGGGAUCCUGCCCUGUUUACGGGCUUCGCACUGGGAGCUUCGCUCGGCAGGAUACGUCGCCUUUGCUCAACUUUCACAAAAAUUUCCCGUGAUUGUCAUGUCACGACGAGAAGAUGCUGUUAACGUCUGUUUUGUUGGAUUAGAAGAUGAAUCGUGGUCCAUUCGCGAAGAGUCUGCAUGGGCACUAGCCGCCAUGACUCGAUAUGGGGAAAAAACAAAAAUGCAGCAAUGCCUUAUCACCCGUCUUGAAGCCACACUGGAUGCCGCUCGCCGUCAACCUGUGGAGACCGAAGAAGAGCAGCUGCGACGCUUCAAUGAUGCCCAGGCUCACACGGGCGGGCCUGUAUUCGGUUGUUGUGGAGGCCUCUUACAUCCUCGUGCAACUCCGUCGGGGGUCAAUUUGCAGACCGACGUAGAUAUGUCUGCGUAUCGUUACGCAGCUCAGCCCUGGGAAGUGUCUGAAGGCGCUUUGUACAUCUUUGUUGAACUAUGCUCAAAAGAUCUCCUACCACAGAUUGACGCCGUAUACGGAAGCACAUUUGCAGACAGAUAUUUGCCUGUCCUAGCGGAGUUAGGCGGUCUGCGUCAUUUCUACAGCGCCGAUCGUUUGCGUCAGAGCCUCUGGCGAAUGCUACCUCGAGUGACAGAGCGCUUGGGCAAGCCGACCUUGAGGCGGUACUUAGAUCUCUUCACACCCGCGCUUUUCAGUGCCCUCGCCUCGCCCGCGGCCAGUCCCUUGACACGGCAUGCGGCUAUGGUAUGCAUAGCUGAGCUUUGCCGACAAAUGGGCCCCUCGUUUUUUGUGGGUCGGCUAUCAGAGGCUGAACGCCAGCUCUAUUUUCGUCACGUUCCUCGUUGGUCUUCACCCCACGGCAUUGCUCGGGCAUCGCGAUCGAAUGGUGGCCUAAUUCCAUCCCUCCUGCUUUCUCAACCUGAAGUUGUCAGCAUAUAGGUGCGCGACCUCUUUCUCAUUUGUCCUGUACUGCAUUGCUCGAAUAAUAACUUGAAGAUAAAGAGUUUGACUCUUGGGAUACGUCCUUGAAACUGUUUAGCUCAAGCAAUGUCUUACAGGCUAAGAAUAAAUUUCGAAGACAAAGGAUGCGUUGUAACACUUAUGCUUUGACUCUUGA